UCACACAUAAUCUUAUCGGCACAAUCGAAAAAGUCUUUCGAAUAUGCCCAAUCCUCUCAGACCAUUAUCGAAGGUCAAAUGGAUGGAAGAUUGGUUAGACAAGAUGACCUUCUUAGCUUUGGCGACAGUACAUUCCAAGUGGUAAUGUGCGAGCCUGUUCUGCAAGGAAUAGCUUCGCAAGAGGAUACAGAAGUUUUUGUCACGUAUGAUGGUCAAGCUGAAGACAUAAAUGAACAGACAGGGAUGUCGAACCUGUCUCGCUCAAGUGCAAUCAAUGGGAUACACGACACAAGCAACAUCGUAGUGGACGAGCACUUCUUCACCAAAGGUGUUUUGGACAGUCUAGAGAGCAAUGUGGAUGGCACAGCAGGAGGCAGCCUUUUCACCGAUACAUCAGGGACUAAUUUUCAACCUUUUCCUGUUCAAGAUAUCGGCGUGAUAAAGGAUGCAUUGCGUUCGUGGUCAUCAAGAGCAUGGCGUGAUAUGUCCGGCUUUGAUGUUGAUAAUUGUAUCUUGUUGGACGAAUCAACUUUUCCUCAAUUAGGCUCUUUUGAAGGAGAUUGGGCUUUGGUAGAAGUAGAAAAUGAAGGGAAGGCAAGAGCUGUAAAGAUUCUUUGUGCGCCUAGAGGAUUUCAAGCUCAGUUACAGCAUCAGGCACAGCAGGGCAAGCUCAUUGGAGUGAACCCUUCGUCUCCAUUUGCUUUCCUUUCGCCUCUCUUGUUACAAAAUUUGUAUCAUAUCGGCCAAUUCGAUCCGUCUAGGGACACAGCUAAAGCAAUUACCCUACGAUCAUUAGGAUCAUGGCAAAUGACAAACACGACACAGAAUCGAUCUGAUGCUCUGCCCGAUUGUCCACUACCUUUACCUUUCGCUGAUUCACUAACAAUAUCACGAAUCGCCGGACCUUUGAGCAUCAAUAGAAAGUAUCAAAAUCUAUUCUUGGGUGCUUUGCGGACCUAUUUUGAAGGUGGACGUAGAAUUGUUCAACAAGGUGACAUUUUUGCCGUUACAUUUGAUAAGAGCAAGAUUCGUUGGGCGGUAGAUGAUGGGAACGAAGACGAUACAGGGGAUAAGAACAAGAAUAGCACAAACAACGAUGAAGAAGCAUAUGAUAUCACUUUACCAGCUCCUGGUCACCAGAACUCUUCCCAAUCUACUGGAGUGGUUUACUUUUGCGUGAGUGACGUGACGCCUGAGGUGUCCGAGCCAAUUUCCAAUAACGAUGGUCAGCCAAUGCAAACCGAUCUGUGGAUUCAUGAGAUGGCAAGAACGGGACAAUUUGGUUGUGCUGUGGAUACUAUGUUGACGAAAAUGGUUCAAUCCGGAGUUACACAUUCUCGUGUGAUUGAUUCACAGCAAUGGUUGAGUACAGCUUCCGAUACACCCCCUUUGCCGUUCACGCCUUCUCCCUUGACGACAGCAGAGAGUGUAUUCGGUCGUUUGUUACUGUUGGUCAAGGCUACCUUAUUACCUGAUGCAGCCGAUUAUGGUUUGCAUCUAAGUGUCUUACUCAAAGGCGCUAGAGGAUGCGGAAAGAGAACGAUUGCCAGAUGGGUCGCACAGAAGACGGGAGUUCACAUAGUAGAAUUGAAUUGCUACGACUUGAUUGCAGAUACAGAUGCAAGAACGGAAGGUAUUCUAAGGGCAAGAUUCGAACAGGCUGCUGGAUGUGCCCCUGCUAUUUUGCUCUUGAGGCACGUAGAAGCAUUGGCAAGAAAGAGUCAAGCAUUAGAAACAGGCCAAGAGCCAACGAUGACUACGGUCUUACAAGAUUGCAUGACAAACGCAUCGACGAACACACAAGCACCCUCGCCAAUCGCGGUGAUUGGUACUACGGGAGAUGCAGAUCGCUGUCCGACGGGUGUCUUGGCAUGUUUCCGACACGAGUUAAACUUUGAAGCACCCAAUGAAGCAGAGAGACGAGCCAUAUUGGAUACCUGUUUGCGAGAUUCAACUUUGAGUGUUGAUGUAAGCUUAAAGAGUAUGGCAACGCAAACGGCAGCUUUGGUUGCUUCUGAUCUUGUGGAUCUUGUUGGUCGUGCAAGAAUGGCUGCAAUUGAAAGGGUGACGAAACAAGAGGGUGAAGCAGACGUGGCAGGCAAUACAACAAGCAACAAUCACCUUGAUCCAAGUAUAGUGGAAGCAGGAGUUGCCUUGACAGGUAAUGACUUUGAUGUUGCUUUGAACAAAGCACGGUUGAGUUAUAGCGAAAAUAUUGGUGCACCAAAAAUUCCUAACGUCACUUGGGACGAUGUUGGUGGUUUGAUCAGCGUAAAGGAUGACAUUUUGGAUACUAUUCAAUUACCUUUGGAGCAUCCUGAAUUGUUCAGUGAUGGAUUAAAGAAAAGAAGUGGUAUUCUUUUAUAUGGUCCACCGGGAACGGGAAAAACAUUGCUGGCAAAAGCAGUUGCAACUUCUUGCUCAUUAAAUUUUUUCAGUGUAAAAGGGCCGGAAUUGCUCAACAUGUAUAUCGGUGAAUCAGAAGCAAACGUUCGUAGAGUUUUUCAACGUGCUAGAGAUGCAAAACCUUGCGUUAUCUUUUUUGACGAAUUGGAUAGUAUUGCGCCAAAGCGUGGUAAUCAAGGCGAUUCAGGAGGUGUGAUGGAUCGAAUCGUGUCACAAUUGUUGGCCGAAUUGGAUGGAAUGAGCAGUGGAAGUUCGACAGCAGAUGUCUUUGUGAUCGGAGCGACAAACAGACCGGAUCUCUUAGACCCUGCCCUUUUACGACCGGGAAGAUUUGACAGGAUGUUGUACCUUGCCGUUUCGCAAACUCAUUCGGAACAAUUAAACAUCUUGCAAGCAUUGACGCGAAAGUUUAAACUGGACGAAGAUGUUGGCGAUCUUUCAGUCAUCGCUGAACAAUGUCCGAUGAACUUAACAGGGGCGGACUUCUAUGCACUUUGCAGUGAUGCGAUGCUGAAGAGUAUGACAAGAAAAGCAGAAUGGAUCGAUGGUCAAGUUGCAUUGUUAAACGAAGAGAUAAAAGACAAGGCAGAGCAAGCAGCCAAAAAUGGUGUCCCAUUCGAAUCUGAUCAUCCAAUCCCGCUUACGCCUCAAUAUUACCUUGAUGAGAUCGUAUCUCCAUCAGAUUUGGAUGUCAAGGUGUCUAGAGUUGACUUUGAAGCUGCUUUGUCUGAAUUAGUGCCAAGUGUUAGCUCACAAGAGAUGGAACAUUACAGAUCUGUACAGCAAAAGUUCUCCAAUACAGACUCAAAGAGCGAGACUGAAGAUCAACCGACGAAAAAGUCAAAAGGCAAAGGGAAGGCAAAAGCAGUAGAUUGAGAUGUAAGAUGCAUUAAUUAAUAAAAUGUUUUAUGUAGUUACGUAGCGUUCCUGAAUGGAAUAUGGCCAUCUUGCUUAGGCAGAUAAAGUAUC